GGUGCACAUCAUGUUUGUGUUACAAGGGGUGUCCUUUAAAAAAUGAUUCAAAAAGUCGCAAUAGUAACGGGUGCAAAUGGUGGCCUUGGUUAUGGUAUCGUAAAGGGAUUGUGCAAGCGUGGCGUUAAAAAAGUGUAUUUAACGGCACGUGAUGAAAAACGAGGUUUAAAUGCGGUUGAUAAAUUAAAACGCGAGAAAUAUAAUACUGUAUUCCAUCAACUUGAUAUUACAGAUGAAGUAAGUGUAAAGAAAUUUGCGGAUUAUAUAAGAAUAGAAAAAAUUGCUAUCGAUAUUCUUGUUAACAAUGCAGCAGUCAUUUGUAAAAACUUAACUGUGAUUGAUUAUGAAGACGCAAAACGUGUUAUAAAUGUAAAUUUUUAUGGUGUUCUCAACCUUGAAAAAUAUUUGUAUUGUUUCUUGAAUAAUGACGCUCGUGUAAUUAACAUAUGUAGUGACACAGGUCAUCUAUCACAGCUAAAGAAUAAAUUUUGGGUGGAAAAGUUAUCCAAAGAAGAUCUUACAUUAAACGAUAUUGAAGAAUUUAUUAUGUGGUUUUUGGAUUCAGUGAAAAAUAAUACCCUGAGGAUAGAAGAUUUUAGUUGGAAAUUUUAUUUACCAUACGCAAUAUCAAAAAUGGCACUGUGUGCAUAUACAAGGGUGCAACAAAGGCACAUUGGAAGAGGAAUUUCUAUAAACUCCCUUCAUCCAGGAUUUGUAAAAACACCAAUGACAAAAGGAACUGGUAUGUUAACGCCUGAAGAAGCUUCUGAUGCACCAAUUUUUUUAGCUUUAGAUGCUGAUCAGUCAGUCAAAGGAAAAUACAUUUGGUUUGAUAAAUCCCAGAAAGAUUGGGCCAAUACUUCUUUGGUAUUUGACUAUGUAGAUAUGAACGCAUUUACUGAAUUUCUGAAUAAAAUGAAUAAUAGAAAAUAGUGUCAAUAGAUGAUAGUGUGUCCUCUUACUAUUUUAUUAAAAUUACAUAUGUUAGAACCACACGUAAAAACUGAAGUCACCAUCGUUUACCUAUGUUUUCUAUUGCUUGCUAAUAUUAGCUCUAACUAUUUGUAUUUCCAGCACUUUGAGAACCAUUGUAUCUAAUUUGAAUGUAUGUACAAAUACCCGGUUCUUUGUAACAAGACUUCAUAUUUUAAUUAAAUUGGUACUAAGUGGACUGCACUUGUUGCUAGUGAUAACGUUAUCUUAAUAUUAUUUAGUUUACAUUUGUUAUCUAUAUUCAUUUAUAUCUUAUUAUUUGCAUAUUAUUUGUCAGUGAUAUUUUACAUGUUAUACGGUGAAAAUGACAUCUAAAAUUGCCUUAGUAACCGGAUCAAACCAAGGCAUUGGUUUUGGUAUUGUAAGAGAGUUAUGUAGAAGAAAGGUUGGAGUUGUUUAUCUUACGUCAAGAAACAUACAACGUGGUAAAGAAGCUGUGGCAAAGUUAGAAAAAGAUGGUUUUUAUCCAAAGUAUCAUCAACUUGACGUUAGUGAUGAAGAAAGCGUUAAAACUUUUGCUGAAUAUGUGAAGAAUAAAUAUGGUGGUCUAGAUAUUUUAAUAAACAAUGCCGGCGUUCUCGACUCAGACUUUUAUAAAGUCUCGUUUGAAGAAGCUAAAAGAAUUAUAGACGUCAACGUUCAUGGGAUAAUAUUAAUGCAAAAAUACUUCUUCCCAAUUUUACGUGACAAUGCUCGAGUUAUCAAUGUAUCCAGUGAUUGGGGACAUAUUACAAAUAUUAAGAAUCCCUACUGGGUUCAACGCCUAACCAAUAAAGACAUAAAGUUAGAAGAUGUCUAUGGAUUUCUUAACUGGUUCUUAGAUUCCGUGAAAAAUAAUGCACUGAAAGAAGAGGACUUCUUUGAAAACUCUGUUUUGGCUUACCGAGUUUCAAAAGUUGCAGUGUCUGCUUUAACUAGAGUGCAGCAAAAUGAGGUUGGCAAAGGAAUUUCGAUAAAUUCCCUUAACCCGGGAUUUGUCCGAUCAAAUAUGACUAAAGGUGGUGGUGAUAUGACUGUAGAAGAAGCUGGUGUUACUCCCGUUUACUUGGCACUUGACAUUGAUCAGUCAGUCAAAGGAAAAUAUUUUUGGUUUGACAAAACUGAAGUCAAUUGGGCCGAUUCUAGUUUAAACGUUCUUGAUACGUUUGAUGCGUUUGAAAAGGCUUUGGAAGAAGUUAAUCAAUAAUAAAAUUUCUAUAAAA